AGCAUUUUCCCGCAUCCUCUCGCAUUGCUCUCCACGGUUUCUCCUCGCCAUCGCCUCCGCGCCGAGCUCGAUCUCUCUCCUCGACCUUUAAUGGUGAUUUCUCUGGAAAUCGUCUUGUAGUUUCACGGCCCGCGUCUCUCUGUUGUGCCAUUCCUUCACGAUGCGGUCCGGGAGCGCCCGCCUUGUCUACUGGCUCGCCCGGAGGUCCCUUGGAUCAAAGCUUGUCCAGGAAUCUCCCAUCACUUCGUUCGAGGACUCUUCGCGCCGGUUCGUAUCUGGGAUUUGUAGUUCUUCAUCAGUUUUCGGUGAACGGAAUUCAGAUUCAGCGAGAAGGAGAAAUUUGGAUGGGGCUUUUCAUGGAAACUGCUGCCCUAGCAGGUUUUUUCACGGAACACGUUCAAUGCAUGCUAGAGAUUACUAUGAUGUGCUGGGAAUCAGCAAGAAUGCUUCGGCCUCUGAAAUAAAGAAAGCUUAUUAUGGGCUUGCCAAAAAGCUCCAUCCUGAUACAAAUAAAGAUGAUGCCGAGGCUGAGAAAAAGUUUCAGGAAGUUCAGCGUGCUUAUGAGGUUCUAAAGGAUGAGGAAAAACGUUCACUUUAUGAUCAGGUUGGACAUGAUGCUUUCGAACAAGCUGCUUCAGGGGGUGGCCCUGGUGGUGGUCCAUUUGGUGGUGGUGGUGGUGGUGGAUUUGGCAAUCCAUUUGAAGAUUUUUUUACUGGUGGUGGAGGGAUGAAUGAUUUCUUCAAGAACAUUUUCCGAGACAGAGGAUUUGGAGGACAAGAUGUCAAGGUUUCACUUGAAAUAUCAUUCAUGGAAGCAGUCCGAGGUUGCACCAAAGAAGUGAAUUUUCAAACUGAUGUACCCUGUGGUGCUUGUGAUGGAACUGGUGUCCCUCCCGGAUCAAAACCUGAAACAUGUAGGUCUUGCAGAGGUUCAGGAAUGAUUUUCAUGCAAAAUGGACCCUUUAGGUUGCAAACAACCUGUACACAAUGUGGUGGAUCUGGAAAAGCUGUGAAGCACCUCUGCAUAUCAUGCAAGGGAAAGAGAGUUGUCAGAGGAAUGAAAUCUAUCAAGUUGGAUAUUGUUCCUGGUGUGGAUGAUAAUGAAACUAUAAAAAUUUAUAGAAACGGUGCAGCAGACCCCGAUGGUAAUCAACCGGGUGAUCUAUAUGUUACCAUCAAGGUCAGGGAAGACCCUGUUUUCCGGCGGGAGAAAGCUGAUAUACAUGUAGAUGCUGUCCUUAAUGUUAGUCAGGCAGUCUUGGGAGGCACCAUUCAAGUUCCAACUCUCACUGGCGAUGUUGUCUUGAAGGUUCGGCCUGGUACUCAACCUGGUCAAAAGGUCGUUUUGAAAGGAAAAGGAAUAAAGACAAGAAGUUCUGCAUUCUACGGUGACCAAUAUGUUCAUUUUAAUGUCCAUAUUCCAGUGAACUUGACGCAGAGGCAACGCAUGCUCAUCGAGGAAUUUGCAAAAGAAGAGCAGGGUGAAUAUGACAAGGGUGCGGCGGCAGCUGGAGGAUCAUGAUAAAGAUCAUGCACUAGAAAAUCCAAAUACCAGAGAAAAGUUAGCUAGUUAUCUUUGGCCACAGGAGUUUUGUUAUAACCAUUAACUUUCCCAUAGUAGUUACAUCUACAUUGGAGUCAAACUGUAUCCCAUUUUGUUACACAUUUAUUAAAUGCUACACUGGAUCCAAUUCCAGCCUUAUUUAUUCUGGCUUU